UCCGCUCCCGCCGCCGCCAUUCCCGGCCCGUCCCGGCCAUGUACCGGCCGGGAUUCCGCGCACCGACACCUCCCUACGCGGGCGGCGGCUUCCGGAGCCCUCCCUCCGGCGGAGGACCCCUGCCGCCGUCUCCGCGGGGCUACGGGAGCCCCCACCACACGCCGCCCUACGGCCACCGGCCCGGGCCCUACGGCAGCGGCCUCUCGCCCCGCGGCGCCGGGUUCCACGGGCGCUUCGGGAGCCCCUCGCCGGGGGCGCAGACCCCGCGCAGGCCGCAGAGCGUCAGCCCCCGGUACCCGGCUCCGUACGGCGGCGCGUCCCCGGCCGGGGCGCCUCUGCACCCGCCGCCGCAGCACAAGCGCUCGCCCGGCGGCUUCCAGAGGCACUUCCAGGGAUCACCCAGGACAUCUACUCCAUUUGGUACAGCGCAUGGCAGAGAGAAAAGAGUCUCUAAUGAUGUGGAAAACUAUUACAGACCUUCAAUGCUUGAGGACCCAUGGGCUGGCCUAGAGCCAGUGUCUGUUACAGACAUAAACCAGCAAUACAGCAGUGAGCAGACAACAUGUGCUGGCAAAAAAGGGAGGUAUUUCAGCUAACACUUUUAAAGGCCAAACAAUUCCAUCUUGUCAGGAAAACUUUGGGACAGAAUCUUUAUACUUGCACAAGAUGAACAAUAAUCAAGACCUUAGAUAAUACUUUUAUUUCAUCACAUGUCCACCCUUUUAUCCUACCUUUUUUUAUUGCAUUGGAUAUUUUUAUGUAUGGGAGGCAAAAGGAGUGGUAGGAAAACUUACAUUUCUGGCUAUGUGGAAGUGCCUACCAGCUCUGAAGAACAGUGUUCUUUAAUCACCAGCGACUGAUUUGUGACUGUUAAAGCAAGUUUCCAUAUACUUACCUCUCCCAUGCCAGACUGUUAGCCUUCUAUUGUAAAGUCUUUUAGGAAGUGGUAUUUUUUGUUUCAACAUUUUUAGAUUUAAAUAACUUGGAAAUAAAAUAAAGUUUUGUAAAUCCUUGUUUUGUAAUGUAUAAAGAAUAUUUUAGGAGCUUUGUUAAGGUGAACACAUUAACAGUAAUUCACAACACUGAAAUUAGGUGACUUCUGUGUGUUUGUAUGCUGUAGUUAACAUCUGGUUUUGUGCAUAAUAAUUUUUGUUAAUUGCAGUGUAAUGUGAAAUUGAAACAUGACUUAUAACCAUCUCAGGAAACAAAUGUAUUGGUUUUGGAAAGUUUAAUUUGUUGAACAAACUCAAGUCACAAACUUAAUUCUGGAAUUACUUGCUUUUGUGUUUAAAAUAUAUAUAUUUGGAUCAAUAUUAGAAAUUUCUGGAUUAUAGUAACAAGUCUGCUCAUUGACAGUUUAAGUCUAAAGAACACAUAAAACAUCAAGCUUAAGUAAAUGCAAAUUUUCUUUCUGGAUCCACCUGCUAGUAUAGUGCAGAAUGAGUGACAGUUUUUGUUACACAGUUGACAUUAGUACAUGCAUAGCACCUUUUUUAAAUCCAUUUUAUAUUUUUCAAUUAUUUUUUAUUUUUACUUAGAGCAGGCAUCAUUGCCAGGAGAAUUGAUUUGUGUGUGUACAUGCUAUAUUUUUAUACUGAAGAGGAAAGCAAUGCUUUGGGUUUUUUAGAGCUUGUCUUUACAUGGAAGAUCCAUGCUUAAAUUCAGGAGUGAAUAUCAUAAUCUAGAAUAAAAAAGACAUAGUUCCAGCUGCAGGCAUGUUCUUAACUUGCCAUGUUACAGCUGCAGUAGUUAGAUAAAUUUGUUGUUGAACUUAACACGAUUUGUUUGUUGAUCUUGGCUUUUAAACCAAGGUAGAGUGUAAAAUCUUUGUUAGAUAAAACCAUUAGUUUAGUUUUCAAAAUGCAUGUGUUCUUUUAAGCUUCUUAUGUACUCAAAACUUAUUUUUGUAGUCCUGAGUCAGGAUUAGGUAGAGAAGCACAGGAAAUCCCAUUAAACUGUUCUUAGUAGCUUGUCUAUGGCUGAGGUGGAACAGUCCUCUGUACUCUUUAUCUGUUUCAGCAUAGGAUGUGUCAGGUUAAUACUGCCUUCAGGAACAACUUCAGACUGUGAGGGGAGCUUAAUAUGUUCAAAUGUUCUGAGUCUCUUGCACUCCUAGGACCACAGUCUAAAGUAUGUCACUUGUGUGUCUGUUAUUUUAGUAUUAUAUCCAAAAAGGCUGCCUCAAGAACUGAGAACAUAAAGCCUGCUGGAUAUCAAGAAUGGUUAAAUCUUCAUCCCAGAAUCAAAAACUGGUGCCUUAAAUGGCAGCUAUCAGUAUUGUUUUCUUUAAUAGGUACCAGCUAAACUGAGACGACAAUUUGUAGAAUUUAUACAUACGUUAAUCAACAUCAUUGUGAAAACUGAAGUGUAAAUUUUUCUUUCCUUUUUUGUUUUUUCAACCUUGUCAGGUGCUGUUAAGCUCACAGAAAAAAAAAAAUUGCAGUGUGCUUAAUCAAGUGCCCUGUUUCUUUGCCGUUUCCCAUGUAAUUGAAAUGCAAUUUAUUUUUUGCAAUAUUUGGUGAUCUUGGAGAACAAAUAUGAUUUUAUUUAAGAGAGUAAAUUCAUGAUGUGUUCUCAGUUAGAUGUGAUGAGAGUCUGGGUUUGGAAGGGAGAAAGGAAAGGUAAAGGAUUCCUGAGAGAAAAGAGACUGUUAGAGGUGGGACUUCUUACAGAGUAGCCAGUAUGAGCUGCCCUUGCACAUUGCAAGGAUGGAUUUUUCCACUUUGGCAUUGCAGUUGACCCAGGCAUCAACUGGAACCAGGUGUCAGACAUCAGUGAAGGUAAAUCUUCCAGAAAGAGAACUGAGAAAAUAAUAAUGAAACACUGUUUAAUCCAUGCAGACCUUCCACUAUGUCGUCUGUUAAAUUGCUGCUUCAGUGCACUUCAGGAUAUGACUCAACAAUUUUAAGUACAUCAUACUGCUAAAGGCUACAGUCAUUUGGUCAAGAAUCAGCACCAAAAACUUUAAAAUUAUUCACCUUUCUGGCUUCUGGGAGAAAUUCUGUAAUUACAGUAAAAUUUAAAUAUGUCAUUGUUGAAGAGCUGUAAAAUGCAUGAACACGUGUUCAGAACUAUAAAUAUAAUGUUCUUAAAGUCAAUUUAAGCUUUGCCUUUUUUGCCAUGAUAUCUGUUAAGCUUAAAAACAUACCUCCUCAUCAGUUUUUUUUUUUUCUUUUUACCAUUUGGCAAACAUCUGAUGGAGAGAGGAUAUAUCACUUCCUCAUUUGAUAAUGAAGCCACUUCAUGCUACCACUAUGACUCUUAAAAUAGCAUGUGAUGAUAAAAUGUAAAGCACAAAAUACAUCAUUUUUUCAUGAGCCCGUGAAACAAAAUAGUGCUUAUGUUUUUUUAAUGAAGAGAUUCCUCUGUACUGAACACAAUAUAUGGGCAUUGCUCUUUCUUCAACAGACUUCAUAGAUUUGAAGGUAAGUUAGCUUCUUUUUCAGAAGUUUGGGUUUAUACACCAUACCAUUCUGUUUUGUUUGCCUUGUGUUUGUCAAGUCCAUUUGACUUUCUCUUCAGUUGUUUUAAAUUGUAACUCAUGAGUAACUCUUCCAGCAAAAAUGUAAUUCACUUGUUGCUGUUUUUGCUCCUGUAUUUAAAAUUGAACUGCAUCACUACCACAUUAACAGUAACAAGAACUUAAAUCAGCCGAGGACGUGUGUAAUGCAGCAAUACCCUGGGUGGGGAGUAACCUCAGGAUGUGCAAAUAAUAGUUCAAACUUCAGCUUUGGGUUUUCAUUCCAGCUUUAUCAUAUGGAGUAUUCAUUCUUCUGUGGCACUCAGCACACGCAUUGAAAUUGUUAAAUAAUUUAGCAUAUUAAAAUAAAAAUUAAAAUGAGGUAUUAAAAUUUCAUGUUAAACUCCUCCUCUUUAGAAUUAGAAGUAAUGCCUUGAGAUGUAGCAAUUUCCUAAUGUCAAACCUGCGAACAUUAAGCAGGUAAAAUGUGUCUGAUCAGCAGAAUGGAUGACUACUUUUGCAGUCAGGUUGCUUGUGUUGUUAAGGACAUCUUUAUGUGCUCUUAACUUUAUAGAAAUUAUUUCAGUAGAAAUCAGAUGGGGAAGCAUUUGAAAAAUGCAUUAUAUGGAAAUUCUACAAGUAGCUGUUCACCUUCACUCUAAAGAAAAGAUUUUUUAUAGCAUGUUUGGUUUUCAAGCUGUGCUUCUGAGUAAUCUCACUGAAGUCAGAAGAUUUGCUCAUGCAGCUGGGAUAUGUAAGUAUCUGAUGUCACAGUUUGAAAAUUCUGUCAUCCAUUUAUCCAUCAGUGCUUUUUACCAGCACUGCAGUUUAUUCCUCUGCCUAGCAAUUGCUCUGAAUUCAAAUUCAUACAUGGCUUUUAUACGUGACUGUCUUGCAAUGAAUUAAACUCAUUUGUAGAAUAUUUUCCAAAAUUCUCAAGAGUAAAGACUGUUCUCUUUUCCCCAAAUCUUGGUGCUUGCCUUCCUUCUGUCUUCUUGGAACUGGCAGAGGAGAGGGAGGAUUGCCCACACUGAUGGGUGAAGAAUCGUGUUAUGAUUUUCAUAUCUCAGGCUUUCAGAAACUUGCAUACCAAUUGACAUAGGGAACUAGAUAAACUUUUUUAUCAUUUGAGAUAGUUCAAACAACUUUUUACAGCACAAGAAACGAAAGAAAUCAAGUUGUGUUUACACUCAACAGUAAUGCAGUUUCAGCCUUCAGUCAUUAAUUCCCAACCAAAAUUUUUUUUUGCCUAGAGUAAAUUCUUGUAUGUAUGUCUCAAAAGGCACAAACUGAUUCAGUUUCAUUCUCUGCCAUUUUCACUUUGUGUGUUUUGCUGACUUAGAAGUUAAUAAUUUCUCAAUCUGAACUUCUGAAUUUUCUUUUACAAAGUAAAUAACUCUUGAAUGUUCGACCUCAAAUCUAGUCCUUCCCUUUAAACUGAUGCUGACUCCUCCGUUUUAGAUCUGGCAAAAAAGGCUUUAUCUUAGCCCCAUUGCUUCCUUGGUGACACUAAGAAACCUUUGCCUCCUGGGCUGGAGACAGCUGGGCAGACGUUUGGUGUGUGGCCACCCUUCCUGUCCUAGAGGUUACUCCUACACUUUGGCCAUUCCAGGAGCUGUUUUGAGACAAAUAGUAAUCCCUUUUGCUUCACCAGCUCUGUGUGGGGUCCAAACCAAAUCAGGGGUUGGUUAGUGCACAUCGUGGAUUUUAAAUUUCAGCAACAUCUUCUGCAGUAAAAUCACAGGUGAAUUCCACUGCCCUUUUUUCACUCAUCUGUGGCUGUUGCACACUGUUGUUCUGAACUAGUUGUUUAAACAUUUGUGUUCAAGAAUGUAACUCCUGCAGCUAAAAGGGGUCAUACCAGUACAGUUCCACAGGGAAAUGUUUAAUGCUGCUGACAGUCCUGCUAUUCUAAUCUGCACCAAAAAUCUGCAUUCUGUGUAGCAGUAACCAUGCUGUUUGAUGCUGUAUUAAACUGCACUUAAACCUGGUAUGCAUAAGUAUUUGGCACAGUCCAAUUGCUGUGUAUUCAAGGUAGUUAGAAGCUGUUACUGUAGAGCCAAUGGGUUCAAAUCCUUGUUGUAUGUAUGAGGAAAUUCCUGUGAGUUCAACCUGCUGAACAUGAUGCCAAUGGAACUGCUAGUAUACCAGUAAAGGGAAGAAAAAAACCUUUUCACACUGAUGGCAAAUGAUUCUCUUGUCAAGUAUCACAGAGCUGCUGCUAAAACAAGGGAAGAGGAAUCAAGCUAAUUGAGAGCUUCUGUGGAUGACUGCACAGCAUAAAGUACAAAUAACAGGGCUGACAUAAGCUUUAAAAAGCACUGAUUGCCAGCUUGGGAGUAGCAUCAUCAAUAAUUUGAUAGUAAGUAGCAAUUGCAGUGUUCUUAAAUCAAACCAUCACCUCCUGUGGCUUUAUUUUUAGGUUAAUAUAAAAGAAGGCUUUGAGCUGUAUUCCCUUAACAGAUGUUGGAAAUUAAUGUUACUAUUCCUACAGUUGAGUUUGCAGAAGACACUGUCUUCAUCACUUGUCUGUGAAGUUCAGUUUCUUUGCCUUUUUUUUUUUCAAGAUAAGAAAAAACAGGAUUUGAAAAUCUCAGGGAUUGUAACAAAGAUAAAAGGGAGAAUUAACAUGUGCAAAUGGUCCAAGAGUACAACUUGAUUAAAUAACUAUAAGAAGGCACUGUUGAUUACUUGGCAUUGCACUUUCCUAAGGCUGUUUCCCUUGUCUGUAAAUUUUUAAUAAAUUUUUAAUAGCCUCCUGA